AUGGGCUCCUCAAAAUGUGGGUCUGAUUCUGUGGCAAACAACCCUUGUGGGUGCUUUCAAGAGAUGAAAGUGUGAUAGAUAUAAGGUAGUGGUUUCUCUUUAGUGUGUUAGUGUGCUUAGCUACUGUGGUGAAAAUUUACAGGGAGAUUUGGUGGAACAAUACCUCAGUUUCCAAAUCUGUCCUUUUAAAAAAAUUCCUUUUCCUUCUGCUGUGAUGAAAUCUGGUACAGAUUAUGGAAAGAAAAAUAAAGAUAUUCUCCUGCUGCUUUUGUAGGCACUGUUCUCUCCUGCUGGGAUUUAUUUCUAGCCAAGGAUUUCUCCCACUUUACAAAUUGGCAGCAACUGAUUUGUUAAAAGCAUCUUUUUGUCAACAUCAUGGACUGGAACACGCAGCUCAGCUCUAUAUUGACAGAAGCAGACAGCAACAUGGCCAAAAUUAAGCAGCGUCUGAAUGCAACAAGCAUAACAUCCAAAGCUGAUUUAUUGCUGGGCAGAAUAAAUACAGAGAGUGCUGUUUUGACUGAGCCACAGACUGGAGCACCACCUCUGAAUUUCACAUGUGGAGUUCAUCCCUGCUGCAGAAUGGCCACUGAAGAGCUUUCUGCCAUCACUAAGCAACUGCAUUCACAAGCUCAGGUCAUAGAAUCCCUCACCCAAGCAGUACAGCGGCUGAAACAGGAGAAGGAACUACAGCAGCAAAGUAUCAGUCACUUGGAAGAGAAGAUAGAUCAGCUACGGCACAGUUCACAGGGUGGCUUGGAGUCAGUGCUGGGACACAGGAUGGAAGGGUUGAAGAGUGAACUCCGUAGCCUUCGGCAGCAGGUGUUUCAGCAGUCAGAUGGCGACUGCACCCCUGAUCCAUUUUCCACCACUGGCAUCAUGCAAGAUAUGCUGGAGAGUAAGAAAGUCCUAUGGCAAGAGUAUGAGUGCAUCAGGAGAGAGGUUGAGCAGCUGAAACACAAGCUUGAUCAACAAGAGGAAGAUCUGUUCAGCCAAGUGUCUGCAACACAUGAGAUUAAGAAGACCCAAAGUCAAUACUGUAAGAUGCUGGAAGAUCUAAUGAACACACAUAAAGCUCAGACCAUGGAUUUGGACAAAGCUAGGAGUGAGACCCAGAGCACCCAGCAGGAACUCAGUCAUGUCAAAUCUACAAUUACUGACCUAAAAGAACAAAUGAAAAGUCUCUACUUGGAGGACAAGCUGUACACUGUGCCACUCAAAGAGAAAAGCAUUCAUCUGAAAAAAAACAAAGAACCAGUACAUCUAGAUGCCUUGUUUUCUCUCAGUGAUGAUUCAAUCUCUGAGUUCAGUCUCACAGAUGUCAGCUCAGAUGAACUCUUCAGUGAACCAGAGAUUCCACAGCUUGAUGAUGACAAGAUUUCCAUACCAAGCUUGGAGCUAGAGGAAAAUACUCCUGGAGGAGCAGCUGGUGGCAUGCUGGAAGGUGCAGAGCUCAGCAGUGAGCUGUCCACCAGUUUGCCUGAGCUCAACCUGAGUGACCUUUAAAGCCUCACAUGACUGCCUCAUUCUAAUGAGGAAACAAAUUAAAGAGAGGAGAUAUAUAUGGAUUGCUAUUCUCUAUUCUGUGUUGCCUUUUUAUACAGUUGCAUAUACAGAGGUAGAAAGAGGACAUUACCUCAGUGUAUGACCUGUGCAGUGGCAGCACAUCAAAGUAUUAUUAUGAUCAUACCUGAAAACAUUCAGAAAGACUUCUGACUCCUCCAGGGCCUUGCAACAUUCUUUUUUGGAAAGGCCCUGUUGUAUUGCUAGUCCUGGAGUGUGGGGGAAUGGAGCUUCCUUCAGGAACUAGCCACUCUCCACUCUUGUAAUGUUUAAAUAGUGUAACCAAAUAUUGAGGCUGAGGUGUAACAGAAAACAGCCCGUAAAUGAAUCCAGUUUAAAACUACAGAUUCUCUCACUGUGCAUACCACACAAGAGCUUCUAGCUCUACUAUUUCAGUAUUCCUAAGGGAAAACAGAUAUGACAUAUGCAAUCCUCUGAAGAAGCAUGGAGUUAUGGAGCAUAUUAAGCUUAGUUGAGUCAAUAAUUGACCUGCUAUAUGUGCUAGCAGGAUAGGCUUGAUAAGAUUGGAUGGAUGUUACCUUGAGAGCAGGGAGAAGGAAUCAUUCCCAUUAGAUUCUGUCUCUCUCUCAUAACCAGAAGAGAUGCCUCACCCAUUUUGUUGCCCAUUUUGCUGCCUAGUAAUGUACUCGGAUCCUCAGUACUAUAACCAAGCCUCUUUGCCAGAGUAAUGGUGCAUGUAAGACUUGGUUCAGGUGGAGCAGAAGCCAAAACAUGUCAGUGCAAUACCUACUGUCUUUUUAAUGUGGCCUUGCUUCCUUUUCAGUGAAUGGUAACAGAAGGAGUAGAACUGAAGGGUUUUGCACCAGGAGGUAUGUUCAGGGCAGGAGUGGGAAUUACGUGACUCCAGAUAUUAUUGAACUGCCACUCCCAGCAGUCCUAGUAAAACCUAGCUAUGUUGCCAAUGGAGAGGAAUGUUGGGAGAUCCAGUCCAACAGCAUCUGAAGGGACACACAGUUGUCAGCUCUGCUAUAGACAACUCUACAGAUAGACUUUCUGGACUGAUUGAGGAUAAGUUUCAAACUGAACUAGAAUGUUACAUAAAACAAGUCCUACUAAAAUGGUAGUAGCCAAGAUGAUAAAUACAAGUCAAGCUAAUCUUACAAUCAGUGCAUGUGUAGAGCAAGCAGUCUCUAAUUAUAGAAAGACAGCUAUGGGAUUCUGCAGUUUGGAGCAGGGGCUGUUUGACUCCUUCAGCUGGCUGUAUUGAUUUUAAAAAGCCCCUGAGGAAAAUGCAUAUGGAGGGGAAAUAAUCAUUAAGCUGUCUUCAUCCCACUGUGCUGCUCCUCAAACCUGUAGCCAUUAUUUCAAGAAAAAAUUAGGGCUUUAUUGCAGAAAUUAUAAUUUGCCCCUUACAUUCAUUGAUGGUGAAUGAGUAGCCUACAACCUUAAAUUCAUGUAGAUAAUAACUGUACAACAGGGGGCACUCUUGUCCCUAGACUUCAUUAGCUAUUGGCUUGCUGUUCAUUUCUUCUUUUAUAAAGUACCACCAUAAUAGUAGGAAAGAGGCUGUUCUGCCUGUCUUACUGUCCAACACUUCUUAGUGAUUCCUUAUGUAAAAUUUAGAAUUCAGUGACAGGCCUGAAUGGAGUUUUAAAUCGCUGUAAAACCUUUUCCAGUGUUCUUCCUCUGGAGUACCUAUAUUAGACUUUCUGAUGACAAGAUUAAACUGGUCUGAAAUCAUA